AAGAGACGACUGAAAAAAAAAUUUCACGCUGAAACGAAUACAUUCCGGAAAUUUUAGUAGUUUCGUUUAGCUGAAAUAAGAAGACAAUAUUAAACGCAUUCCAGAUUUUGUAUAUUUAUAAGGCACGAUAGCAAAUAUGGAGGAGCACGUGGAACAGUCUCGGACACUGUUUGUUAGGAAAAUACCUCUGACAGCAACAAAUGAAUCCCUUGCGGAUAAAUUUAGUGAGAUUGGACCAGUUAAACGGGCUUUCGUUAUUAAAGAAAAAGGUGAAAAUAAGAAGAACCGAGGCUUUGGUUAUGUCACAUAUUCUUUCAGAGAUGAUGCUGUUAAAGCAAUGGAAACCAUCAAAGAAUUUGAUGGUCGUAACAUAUUCAUCACUUUUGCCGAUCGGAGAAAUAUGGGUGAUUCUUCAUCACAGAAAAGAGCACCCCCAGCCAAACGGCUUGAGUCAAGUAAAUACUUAAGAGCCAGAACUGUUGUCGUGUCACAGAUUCCGAAAAACACCCCACUUGAGAAAAUCGAGAAACUGGCCAAGUCCCUAAAGAAGGUUAUUAAUAUGGAAUACAAAGAUGCAGAAACCAACCCAACGGUAUUGUUGCAUUUUAAAUCUAUACGUGAAGCAAAGAUGGCGCUGCGUAAACUAGACAAUUCACAGUUCAGAGGUGUGACUUUAAAGGCAAUACAACAAUGUAACGAUGCUGCUUACAUGCCUCGGAAAGUUCUCAAGAUGCGACGCCUCAUAGUUAGGAACCUGUCUUUCAAAACUACUGUUGAAAAUUUCAAGAAAACUUUUGAAAAGUUUGGUGAAGUACUUGAAGCUGUGAUACCAAGUUCAAAUAACAGAAGUUGCGGUUUUGGAUUUAUUCAGUUCGUAGACAUUCGAAGUGCUGACAGAGCUAUUAAAGAGAUGAAUGCAAAGGAAAUUGAUGGACGCGUUGUUGCCAUUGACUGGGCGAUAUCCAAGACAAAAUAUGAUAAAUAUAAAGAAUCGUUACAGCAAAAAGAUUCUAAGAAAGGUGACAGUAAAGUCGCUGUCAGUAGUAAACAUCCAAGUGGUGACGACGAUGAUGAUGAUGGUGAUGACGAUGAUGAUGAUGGUGAUGACAAUGAUGAUGGUGGUGAUGACGAUGAUGAUGAUGCUGAUGAUGAUGACUCUGGCAGCAUUCAUGAUAGUGGCAUUGAAGAUGUGAAGUCAGGAAAGAAGAAAGUUAAAAGCAACAUCUCUGAUGAUGAUGAGAGUGAAGAAGAUGACGAUGGUGGUGGUGAUGAUGACGACGAUGAUGAUGAUGCUGACGAUGAGGGUGAUGACGACGAGGGUGAUGACGAUGAUGAUGAAUCUGAUAUAAAUGACAGUGACAUAGAAGACAGCCAAGUCGAAGACAAGGCAUCAAAGAAGAAAGCUCAAACCAACAAACAGCUGCAGAACAAAAAGAGUGAUGUUAAUCAAGGAAGAACCAUUUUUAUCAGGAAUGUUCCAUUCAGUUGUACUGAAACAGAUAUAACAGACUUAUUCUGCAAAUUUGGAGAAAUUACUUACACUGUCCUGGUAAAGAAAGAUAAUAUUCCUAGAGGAUCUGGUUUCGUACAGUUUGUAAAUAAAGAAGAUUCAGAAAAGUGCCUUGAAAGAUGUAGUGGAGAAACACCGAAAGAGAAGAUCUUAAGUGGUGGUCGCCAACUGUUUGUCUCUGCUGCCCUCUCUCGUGAACAAGUUGAUAACUUGAAGUCUUCAAAAACAGAAAAUACCAACAAAGAUGGUCGGAAUUUGCAUUUAGCCCGGGAAGGAUUAAUCCGUGUUGGUAUGAAAGCUGCUGAAGGCCUUUCCAAAUCAGAUUUAAAUAAACGACUAAAGGCAGAAAUGAGGCGUCGUCAGAAGUUAAAAGACCCCAAUAUAUUUGUCUCCGAUACAAGGCUAUGUGUCCAGAAUAUUCCAACACAUGUCACAGACAAACAGUUAAAGGAAGUCUUUCUUAAAGCUGUCAAUGACAAGAAGUGUGUGAUCACUGAGAGUCGAAUCAUGCGUGAUAUGAGUCGCACCAGUGCACAAGGCAUUAGUCGUUCCCUGGGAUAUGGUUUUGUGAGUUUCCAAGAGCACCAACAUGCUUUGACUGCUCUUCGAAAUACAAAUAAUAACCCAGACAUCUUUGGUCCAAAUAAAAGACUUAUUAUUGAAUUUUCCCUGGAAAACAAGAAAGCUUUAGAAGUUAAACAGAAAAGAUUGGAUAAAUCUAAGCAAGUUUUAUCACAGAGGCAAAAGAAAGACAUUUUUUCCAAGAAAGACAAAGGACAACAGCCAACAGCUGGUGCCAAAAGAGAGAGAUUCCAUGGUAAAACACAGAAGCAGAAAAUAAUGCCAUCGCAUUUGGGACCAAAGAAUCGUCAUAGAGACAAAGGAUUGCCUGUCGCUAAAACAGGGAAGAAGUUUAAAGAGAAAAGGAUCAGAGAAUUCCAAGGCAACCAAAAACAGAAUCAAAAACCACAAAAAAGAAAAGCAUUUUCAGAUAACUUUGAUUCAAUGGUUGCAAAAUACAAAAAGAAGAUGUUAAGUACGUCAUCAUAGGCUGUGUAUUGAUUACACUGUUGGUGCUUUUUAUGGUGAUAAACCAUUGAGUCUGUGUGGUUCAAUCACAUUAUCAUCUUCAUCAUAGUCAAGGAGAUUUUUCCCUCACUCAGCUACAGAACAUUUUUAACACCAACAAAUUCAAAUUUGAAAUGAUGUCUUAUUAAAUAUUACUGAUUCAAAUAAAAUCUGAAAUUGUUAUCCAAACCAAUACAAG